CAGAGGGAGAAUUGCGCACCGCCUGGAUUCAUGUGGCUCCUCGACCCUCUCGGUUCUCUUGUCUGCGGCGCCGGGGGGACUUUGAUUCACCACUCUCGGCUGCAGCACAGCCCCGUUUAGCUUCUUGUUUGAGGAGAGGUGGGGAAUGUUUUCACUCGUAGUUUAGUUGGGAAAGGCUUCAUCAAGUGUAUCCCCUGCGGAGCUGCUGCUGCUGCAUUCGGAGUUUCACCAGCAAGCGGGACCCCGCUGCAGAGAACCGGACACAUUAAGGGAUCUGUUGUCGAAGUGAACCAUGCUCAGGCUGGAGACCAUCCUGUGCACCUUCUCUGUGCUCUAUGUGGCGUCGAGGGCAGAUUUUAAAGCGCGGAAUUGCAGCGAGGUGAGGGAGGCAUGCGUUGGGAAAGGCUUCAGCUUCGCACAUGUUCCUCUCCAGGAGAUCCCAGGUGAACAUCUUCGUGUGUGUCCUCAGGGAAACACGUGUUGCACCCAGGAGAUGGAGGACACGUUUGGCCAACAGAGUAAACAGGACUUUGAAAAUCUGACCGAUGAAACUAGUCAUGAAUUGAGGAGCACCUUUGUUUCCAGACACAAGAGAUUUGACGCUUUCUUCCUGGAGCUCCUGGAGAACACGGAGCGGUCCCUGAACGAGAUGUUUGUGAGGACUUACGGCAAACCGUACAUGCAGAACUCGGAGGUCUUUGAGAACCUGUUUGCUGAGCUGAAACGCUAUUACACCGGGGGGAACGUUAACCUGGAGGAAAUGCUUAAUGACUUUUGGUCGCGGCUACUGGAGCGUAUGUUCACGCUGCUCAACUCCCAGUAUGUCAUCACAGAGGACUAUCUGGAGUGUAUCAGUAAGUACACCGACCAGCUCAAGCCCUUUGGAGACGUGCCCAGGAAGCUCAAGGCUCAGGUUACGCGGGCAUUCAUCGCCGCUCGCACAUUCGUCCAGGGGCUCUCUGUCGGCCGGGAGGUGGCCCAGAGAGUGUCAAAGGUCAGCAGCACUCCAGCUUGUAUGCGAGCGCUGACAAAGAUGCUUUACUGCCCUUUUUGUCAGGGCAUGCCAGCAGUUAAACCCUGUAAGAACUACUGCCUGAAUGUCAUGAAGGGCUGUCUGGCCAAUCAGGCGGACCUGGAUCCAGAGUGGAACCAGUACAUUGAUGCCAUGCUGCUGGUGGCGCAGAGGCUGGAGGGACCUUUCAACAUUGAAUCCGUGAUGGAGCCCAUUGAUGUCAAGAUUUCCGAGGCCAUCAUGAAUAUGCAAGAGAACAGUGCCCAGGUCUCCUACAGGGUUUUUCAAGGUUGUGGCCAGCCGAAGCCCGCAGGAAUGACUAGGUCUACCCGUGGUGUUUCGGAUGUGUUCAACGCCCGCUUCAGGCCGUACAGCCCGGAGGAGCGGCCUACCACUGCAGCUGGCACAAACCUAGACAGACUGGUGGUUGACAUAAAAGAGAAGCUGAAGCUGUCCAAGAAAUUCUGGUCCGACCUGCCCGAGGCGAUGUGCGUGGAGGACAGAGUGACCGCCGGAAAUGCCAGCGAUGAGGAGUGCUGGAAUGGACACGCCAAGGGCAGGUAUUUCCCCGAAGUCCAAAAGGACGGACUGACCAACCAGGUGAAUAACCCCGAGGUGGGCGUGGACAUCACCCGCCCAGACACCUUCAUCCGCCAGCAGAUCAUGGCUCUGAGGGUGAUGACCAACAAACUGAGAAACGCCUACAACGGCAAUGAUAUCUACUUUCAAGACUCAAGUGAUGAGGGCAGUGGCUCAGGCAGUGGCAGCGGCUGCACAGAAGUCUGCCCCACGGACACGGACGGCGCUGCCACCGAAGCCCCAGUGGUGGAAGCCGACCGGAGCGGGCCCGUGGGUGACUCUGCCCCGCCUCAUGCACCCUCUGUAGCCCUGCCAACCAUGCUGGCCCUGUCAGCCCUGGCACUCCACCGCCAAUGGAGAUAAUGCUGGAGGAAUGGGCCAAACAUGAACAGCAGGGACUUUUUUCUUUCCUUUUCUUUUUUUUUUGCAUUUUUUUUUUGUAUUCAGGCAGAUUGGAGCUACGGUCAAGCAGACAGUAUUCAGGCUGCCAGCCUCGAGGCUCGAGGAGUCUGCUCUGAAAAACCAGAACAGUCAUGCAUCAUGAUUUCCCUCUUUCCCAAAGAUCAUGCAGUGCCGUCCUUAGACUCGAUUUCAUGGCAUCACUUCACCAUCUUCACACCGAUGCUGCCCGCAACUCAACAAACUCUGCUACAGAGGUUGAACAAAAAAAAUAAGGUGUUUCUUGCACAUAUGGCAGGUAUUUGGUAGGUAAUGUGGAAAAUAGUAACACGCACUUUUGAUUGUUUUGAUUUUUUUUAAAUGCAAAAACUGUUUGUGUGUUGAAAUGUGUUGAGAAUGUGGUUAUUGCUGCACUUAAAAGAGGCAUAAAAGGUUUCCUACAUGUUUAAUAUAGAACAAAAACAAAGGGUUUAUCCAAAUGACAUCAAAUUCAGGAACACUUGGUUUACACCUACAACUGAUUCUUUGUUCCACUGUCAUCAACCCGUGUGCCAAUUAUGAGUGUUUUCUUGUUGCUCCAUCUUGUGUUUUUCAAUAGCCUUGUGACAUUUGGCAAGAUGUGUAGGUUCAGUUAGUCAUGGGUUGAUCAUGUGACUGCUCUGAUCCAUGAGCCUGUUCAACAGCCGCCUUGUGCUACGUCUCAAGUUCUGUUAAAAGGGAAACAACGGACAUUAUUUAUGCACUCAUUAGCUGGUUUGUCAGGCUCGGCUUCAAGUUAUUGUCGCACAGAGCAGGUGCCACCGGUGUGAUAGUGAUGCAUGACACAAGUGGGCAAAACCAAUUCUAACCCUUACUAAUGUACUUCUUAUGAUUUUAAUGUAUUUUUUUAUUAGUAGGGGUUUAUGUCUUCUUUAAGUCACAGUUUACACAGUGUGCGUCCACCUAACCACUGUAAAGAAUGAGUGACUUGCAAGCACAGCCACUUAGUGAGCAAAUACACUUAUCAUUUGUUUUUAAAAGAUCUUUAAAUAGUGCUUAAAAUAAUAUUAUAAUGCCUUAUAAAGGAAGUCCCACAAAGUUAAUGGAAAGUCAUGAAAAUCACAUAAAUUCAAUGGGAUCUCUGUAUCAUUUAUAGUAAUUAAGGCCUGAGCGUUUUGAUUUUUGAAAAUAUUUGAUAAAUAUAAAAAUUACUAGUAUUUAAUAAAUACUAUUGCCAAAGCUUAUUCUGUUACUGUUGUAACAGUUUGGAUAAAUUACUUAUUAAAUUGUGCAUCGUGGCAACAAAACCUUGUCAAAGAGUUUUUAAAGUUGCGAAAUCAAACUAUUUAAAAUAAAAAAUAAUUCUUUUCCACAGUUAUGCAAAAGAAGAGGGAUUUAUUAGGAGAAGAAGUAGCAAACAGCACACAGUGGGCACUAGAAAUGCAAAGAAAGGGUCCCUAAAUUUAUCUGCAAAGCUUGAAUGGUUAUGUCUGCAGCACAGACAGGCUUGAAGCCGACCACAGUCACCUGUGAAAUGAGAAUAUGUGGAGACCGGACAGGGCUGAAUGCUCCGCUGAAGCUCCUCAGUAGAGCGUACUUUCAGAGAAUGUGAGAGGCCUGGCACUGCUGAGGGGGGCGGACAAAACCAGCCUGUAUGUACGUCCACUGUUCUCUGAGAACCCGUCAGCUCCAUCACCGGCGGCCCAGCUAAGCUUACAUAUCCUGCCUACAUAGCCCUUGUUAUAGCCUCUGCGGUUUAGCCAUGAAUAUUUGUCAAGCUUUUAUUUUUUAUUCAGCAUUUGCAUCCACAUCGCAAGAACAAAAAAUACGGAGAAAAUGUGUGAAAUAUGUCAUUUGAAAGGACUCUUUGGUAUGAACUUGGACCGUACAGGAGGCCCUUUUUAUGUUUUGUAUCAUUGAACUUUUAAUGGUAAUAUUUUUGCAAUAAAAACGUUGAAAAUGGUUGUCUGGUCAGACAAAUUAUCUGAAAAAUAGAAUUAGCAGGAAAACGCUACGAGUCAGCAUUUUUUUUACUAACGGUGUGUUGCAGUAUGAAUUCAAGUCAUGACGACGUUUAAGUGCGUUUGGAGUUUGAACAUAAUUUCAAACUGAGGGGGUGAGGGGCUAGAUGAACAAAUAUGCCUUACUGUUUUUCAGUGCAAUUAAGAUGAAUGCAUUUGUGUUUUGUUACUGUUCUUGAGAAUAAAUAUUUAUUAAAAACA